UAACGAGACUUUAUAUCAAGGUUUUAACUACGGACGAAAAUGAGUUUUCAUCAGAGUUUCGGUAUUAACUAUUGAAUAUGUCUGCGCGAAGCUUACUCUCCAAACUCCUGGCACGUCACAGGUUCAAUGCCUCUCCAAUUCAUGAAACCCUCAGCAGAUCGCAAACGUCCUGCUUUGCACUCAGUAACAGUUGCAACAAGCCUUCAGUAGAUCGAUUCUUCAAUACUCUUUUACCAUUCGAUGGCUUUUAUGCACGAAGAACAGCAUUUUCACCGCUGGGAAAAUUGGUCAUUGGUCAUUCAUCGCCAUGGAAUGUAAAGCAGGAGGGUUUCCACAGCUUAGGAGACCAGCGAUUGCCAAAGCGAAGGCCCAGCGCAAAGCACCGCAAGAAAAGAGCCGCCUUGAGACCGCCCGGUCCAUACCGCUGGAUUGUCUAUAAGGAGGGAGAGCCUAUCCCGCCUAGUCGACCGAAUGAGGGCAGUGUUCGCAGAAGGAAGCAUCGUAAACGCAUGGACCAGAGGGCUGCAUUCAGAUCGAGUGAAGCUGCAAAACGGAAGGAUCAACUGGCAGCAGCAAGAAGAAGGAAAGCAAUUAAAAGGAUAGAGCGCAAGAUAGCUGCAGUUGCAAGAGACAGAGCUUGGACUGAAAGGUUGGCACAAUUGAAGCAAGCCGAAGCUGAUGCUGAAAAGGAGGCAACAACUUGAUACCUUUCUGGAGGAAUGUUUCUUGAUAAAUGAAAUUUUUGUUGAAAAGUAAGAGCAUAUUUUUCCAGCAUGCAUGAAGCAGAAACAAGGCUGCUCUUGAUAUUAUGUAUGCUCUUAUUUAUUAAAAAACAAGAGUUCAAUGGUUUUUGUCAACAGUAGCAGAUACUUUUGCAGGAUACUUGGAUAAUUUAUUUAUGUAUAAACACGUCUGUUGCCCUUAUAUUUGCCUUAAACCUACUUUUAUGUCUAA